AUGGACAAUACUGCCGACUCUUCUCAGAUUUUGCUCGAUAGAUCUCGACAUCGACCAAUGGUUGCUGGUUUUCAACUUUCAUCAUCGAUCAAUUCUCCAUUUGAACAAUAUUCUUCAAAGUUACCAGCAGCUGUUCGUGGGCUAUUAAAUCAUACACAAGAUAUUCUCUCACUGACUGCACGAUUUUCACGCACAGGUUAUUGUUGGCUAGUUUCUAAUCAAACGGCAUACGUGUGGCUAGCAUCAUCCACUCGUGUUACGGAAGCAACAGUUCAUCAAGAGUUAAAACUACCAGAAUGUGCACUUGGUAAUAAUGCAAAUUUAAUUGAAAUAUUUACGAUUAGCACAACAACUGAUGAUGAAACGUCAUCCUCGGCUUGUUGUCUUGUCAUUACGGGUGAUGGUUAUGCGCGAUAUUGGCGUUCAAUUGUCCGACCAACCGAAUAUUAUGACGUUAAAUUAGAUUUUGAUCAAAUCGAAUUGCUUUGUCAUGUUAAAGUAUUGGAUGAUGUAUGCGUUUGUGGAUCGUAUUCUGGAAGAUUGUAUACAAUUCCGUGUAAUGCAUUAUGCAAUAAGGCCUAUAUUGUUCAAAACAUACGUUCAUCAUUAUUUUCCACAAUUGGUCAUGGCUUAAAAUCAAUGUUAUUUGGUACAAGUCGUCAUAUAAAAGAAAAUGAAAUGUUGAGAUAUUUACAUCCAGUAUUGAACAAUGAUCGGAUUGAUUUUCUAUCAUUAACAGACAAACAAUUAUAUUUUUGGCAACUAUCAACUACAGACAUACAGUUGGUACAUUCAAUUAAUUUGCAACAAGUCUUUUUGAAUGAAGCACUUAAAGCUCAGGGUUCAUUGGAUCAUCAACGAAAUGUAGCUUGUUUAUCAUUAAAUAUCACACAUUCAAAUGAAAUCAAUUUUGUAUCACUAACAUUUUUAAUCGAUCCAUUAAAUACAAGAUUAGAUGAACUAAUUGUUAAACCUCGUUUAAAAAUGUAUGGUAUACCAAAUCAACCAGCUAUGAUAUUACAUACCAAAAAAGAUGCUUUUAUUUAUACUGGUCCAAAUUUUUCGACUAUACUACGCGGUAAUUUUCUUAGUAUGAGUGAGACAAUAAUUGGUAGUGGUUUAUGUUGUAAUCGUGCGUUAUUAUUAUGUCAUGUACAAGGAAUUAUUAUGCCCAAAACACAAGAUUUAAUGACAACUUUAUUGUCAAAAAUUCGUACCAUUCCAUUAUCUUUAAACACAAGUGAUAAUCAAAUACAAUUGAUGAUUAAUGCGUUUCAUGCAUUUUUAAUUAAUAAUGAUCCUGGUGGUUCAGUUGAAAUAUUCAAACGUUUUAUGAAAAAUCAUACAAAUUUAUCAAUGAAUAUUGAUGAUAUUAUUGUCAAAUUUGCAUCAUUGAUACUUGAUGAUCCAUUGUUGCAUACACAACAACGAGAGCAACAAGAAUCGGCCGGUGAUGAUCAUUACUUAAUUCGACAAUUAUCAAAAAAAAUUGAAAUUUAUGAUUAUUAUUUUGCAUUUCUAAAAUUAAUUAGCAUAUGGAAUAAAUUAAAUUUGACACAUUAUAAUAAUGGAAUGUAUCCAACCAAACAUAUUCUACUUCAGUUUGGAGAAAAACUUCAUUGUGCCAAAGAUUUUACAUCCGUUUUUGGGCAAUCAUUAUAUUUACAAGCCGCUUUAAGUGCUGUAUCAAAAUCAAAUGUUGUUCAUGGCUCAAAUAGUUUAAUUUCAAAUAAUAAUUAUUUGUGUAAUCAAAUUUCUCAAAUAUCAGAUGUAUUAGCUGCUAUUAUUGUUGGCGUUCUUGAAGAUUCACAUACUGUUGAAAUUGAUUCAUAUGAAGAGUGUACACGUUUAUUGUUAAUUGCUUAUGAUAGUAUUAGAAAAUAUCGACAAUCAAAAGUUGAUGAAUACAAAUCAUUAUUUGAACAAUAUGAGAGUAUGAGUGAUGACAGUAAUUCGAUAUGUGAACCGUGGAUAUUAUAUGAACAAAAUCUUCAAGAAUUAUUUGUAUUACAUUGUACACAACAUUUAUUUUUAUCAUUGGAAAAAUGUGAAUCGAUUGAAACAAAAAAUCGUAUAUUAUCAAUGGUCUAUGAACUUGUUAAACACAUAUUAGACGAAUAUCGAUCGUAUGUGUGUCAAUUGUAUCAAACAAAUAGUGUUACUUUAGAUGAAACACAAAAAUGGACACAUUAUAAACAAACACGUUCGACAUUAAUCAAAACAUUCAUUAAACUUCUUGAAUUUAAUAAGGCCAAACAACUUGGUGAAGAAUUUGAAGAUUUUCAUUCAUUAAUUGAAGUAUGUGAUGAAUUAAAAGACGGUGAUCAAUUAAAAAAGUAUAUUCGAAUGUAUAAUGAAAAGCAAUUUACGAGUGUAUUUCAUGAUUAUUUACAAUCAAAAUCAGCCGUUUCUGUAUUAUUUCAACCCGAUUAUUUUCAUAUGACUGAAAUUCAACAAUAUUUACAAAGUUUACAAAAAUUCGCGUGGAUGGCUGAUAUUAAAAAUAAUGAUUUUGAAAGUGCUUCAAUUCAUUCAUUAAACGAGCAUGCCGAUACUAUUGGAAAACGUCAAGUCUUGUUGGCGAUAAGUAAAUUUUCCUUAUUAGCUAGUGAUGAUGGUAAAAAAAAUAAAAAUGUAUUCGAUAUGCGUUUACAAUAUAUCGAAAAUGAAGAAAAUCUAUGUCAAUAUCGAAAAGAUCUUCUUCCCAAUAUUGAUGAAAUUGAUCGAUUACGUCAACCUCUAACAAGUGCAAAAGAUAUGAUUAAAAAUCUCAUUUAUAAGAAAAAUUCUACGAAACCAUUAUUAGAAAGAUAUUGUUUGGCCAUUAAAAUUCUCUCACAAAUGGAGAAUAAUCCUGAUUUUGAUCAAAUACGCUCAUCAUUAUUUGCUCAAGCCAUUCUCAAUGAUCCUUUACAAUCCAUUUCAUCAUCUGUUGAUCCAUUAUCAUGCAAUUCAACUAAAUUGAUCAAUCAACUCUUCGAUUACAUUAAAAAGGAAAAUCUUGAUAAUUUAAUUCCAUCAAUGGAUAAAUUACUCUCUUCACCAGAUUUAUCUUCGAUGCAAAAUGAUCAAGACUUUCAUCAAGCACUAUGUUCAGUUUAUGCACCAUUAUUAGCAAGAUAG